AUGCCUUGGAUAUCGGAAUCCGAGGUGCCAACCGCGAAUGAGUUCCUUGACGAGACCGACCCUCUAGACUACGACCCCGACAACUAUUCUGGCCCGAGGAAUCUAGUCGAUGGUCCCUGGAAAUCUAAGGAGAAGUACCUGGAAACGCACUAUAAGCUGCUACGCCGUGAUACGGUCAAGCCCCUCCGUGAUGCGGUUCAACAGCUCAGAUCAGAUCCCGGGGCAUGCGAAACCGAUUUGGGAUCUACCGCUGGAUUCUAUGACCGAGUUCAUGUAACCGCUGUGAUCCCUUCUACCAUGGGGGUGGCAGUUAAAGUUGUCUUUUCCAUUCAGCGCAUCGGAAAACGUGUCCAUUGGGAACAGUCCAGUCGAUUGAUUCAAGGUUCACUAGUGGUUCUCAGUCCUCGCGAUGACUGUUUCCGAACUACAUGUCUUGUCGCAACCAUAGCCGCCCGACCUUUGAGUGGAGUCCAACAAAAUCCCCCAGAGGUCGAUUUGUUCUUUGCCCGAUCGGAAGAUUUGAUACUAGAUCCGGAUAUCGAGUAUGUCAUGCUCGAGGAACGACAAAGCUAUUUUGAGGCAGCAAAACACACGCUAGUGGCACUGCAACGAAUGCAGCAUGAGAAGUUUCCUUUGGCCGAACAUCUCGUCGAUACUCAAUCACAUGUCGAAGCACCCGCAUAUCUGCAAGCGAAUCCUACCAUCGACCUUCGUGCAAUCAUGCCGAAAGAUGACCAAGGUCGAUUCGAAACCAGUCGACUGAAUAUCCUUACCGAGUGGCCGAGCGAAGAUAAAAGAACCGUCAUGGAUGUGUCUCAAUGGAGCGCUUUGAACCGGAUCAUGACGAAAAAGAUAGCGAUCGUCCAAGGCCCUCCGGGAACUGGCAAAACCUAUGUUUCGGUGCAAGCUAUCCGAACCCUGAUUGAUAAUAUGGCGGAUGAAGAUCCGCCGAUCGUCGUGACUUGUCAGACCAACCAUGCUCUGGAUCAACUUCUACGUCAUAUCGCAGAGUUUGAGCCAGGCUUCCUCCGCCUUGGUGGCCGUUCCAAAGACGUGGAUGUAGUCAAGAAGAGGACCUUGUACGAAGUUCGCUGCGGGUUGGAUAUGCCACGAUUUCUGUCGGGUUCUCUCAUCGCAGCAAGGAAAGAGCUUCAAGCAUUGGCCGGGGAUAUCGCGUUGAUACUCGAGCCGAUCAAGCUUGGGUCAAAAUGCAUGAUUGAUGCCGAGUUUUUGAGGAAGUUCGGAAUCAUUUCCGACGAGCAAGCACAGUCUCUGCUACGAGGUGGCACGGAAUGGGCGGCCGUGACAGAUACGACUGACAAAGGAGAGUCCGGACUCUUGGGGAGCUGGCUUGGAAGUCUCCUCACCUUCAAGCGAAAAUCUUUUGAGAGUGAUAAUUUCGGAUACGAAUUCGAAGAGGCGGAGCUUGAGUUCGAACAGCUCAGGGAAAUGGAGGCGGAAACAUUCGCAACCGAUGAAGAAGAAUUCGAGGUCCUCAAAGGAACCACGAUCAGCAUUCAUGACAACUUCACGGCAAAAGGGCGGGUUCAACUUUCGGAUGCGGAAUGCGAGAAGAGGCUUCGGAAUACGGACUUGUACAAAAUCGAUUUCAAGGAUCGACCGAGUGUAUUCGGCUAUCUUCAACGCCAGGUGACCAAGAAGGUUACCGAACUGUUCAAAAUCAAGGCGAAAAUCUACGACGAGGUCGCAACAAAACGACGGCUGGCAACGUUCGAGCGAGACGUUCCGAUCCUUGCCCAACAGAGGGUUAUCGGCAUGACCACCACCGGCUUCAGCAAGUAUCGCGCCAUGGUCGCAGUAAUCAAGCCGAAGAUCGUCCUGAUCGAGGAAGCCGCGGAGACUCUAGAGGCGCCAGUGAUUGCGGCAUGCAUUCCGUCUCUGGAUCAUUUGAUUCUGGUUGGAGACCACUUGCAACUCCGACCCCAUUGCAACAUCCGGUUCCACGAAGGAGACCCGGUCAACUUAAACUUGUCACUCUUCGAGCGGUUGGUCAACAAUGGCGUCGAGUAUAAUGCACUCCGGAGGCAGCGUCGCAUGAUUCCCGAGAUCCGUCGAAUCUUGCGACCCAUCUAUGGAGAUCUCAUCAAAGACCAUGACUCGGUCAAAGAUCCGGCCAACCGACCUCCCGUACCUGGCAUGGGCGGCUGCAAUUCGUUCUUCUUCAGCCACACCUAUCCCGAAUCACGAGACGACUACAUGUCUGCCAUGAACGAGCAAGAAGCCCAAAUGGUGGUCGGGUUCUAUGAGUAUCUAUGGAUGAACGGGAUUGACACCACCAAAAUGACCAUUCUGACCUUCUAUAACGGACAACGCAAGCGCCUUCUCCGGCUACUCCGUCAACGCAACAAUCUCCGGAACCUAAGGCACAACGUUGUAACCGUCGACUCAUACCAAGGCGAGGAAAAUGACAUUGUACUUCUGUCCCUGGUUCGAAGCAAUGACAACGGGACUAUUGGGUUUCUCAAGGUUGACAACCGCGUUUGUGUUGCCAUCUCCCGAGCUAAACGUGGCUUCUACAUGUUCGGAAACGCCGAGUUGCUUGCGAGGGAGAGCAACACCUGGGGUGAAAUUUGCGUCAUGAUGUACCGGCACAAAACGGCCCAAGGGGCCAUUCCGAAAUCGCGUGUCGGGUUCUGGCUUCCGAUUACUUGCAAGAAUCAUGACCGAAAAAUGUUCUUAGAGGAUCCCGAUGAUUGGGCCGACUUGACUGGAGGUUGUAGAGAGGAGUGCGACACGCCGCUUGACUGUGGACAUCCAUGCCAGCUUCGCUGCCAUCCCUUUGCGCACAACCAAAUCGUUUGCCGAUCGUCAUGCGAGCGAAGCCUUCCAUGUGGCCAUUCUUGUGGUCAAAUUUGCGGCGAGCCAUGUCGAUGUUUCAUGUGCCCCGAAUCAAACUCUGCUCUUAGCCAGACGGCUCGUCAAACUGAAGGAUCGCCGAGGGCGGUCGGUUUCCUUGCAGACGUAACCCAAGAAGAACAGGAAGUUCAUGUGGCCGGCUGGCGUGAGUUCGCCCAGAACGGAUUUGAAACGGAAAUCCAGGCCCUGCGGGGAGAGCUUCACCGCCCGAACUCGACGGUAGAAACCACCCAAAAUUUCGGAAGUAUCUUUCACCGAACCUCAUACCAGGCUCAGCCGUCCACGACUCCUGGACCUACGCCGGCGGAAGCAGCGGCACUCGCACGCGGGGCCCAUCAACGUUUUACACCAGCCCAGCGUAUGUAUGCGCCGUCACCUGCCAUCCAACCCGCAUCCAACAGCCCCGAUAGGAAUGGUGGAACAACGGCUACCAACCGGCAAACCCUACCGCCCCGCCUUUCUUCCGGGACACGCGCCAUCGCGCACAAGAAAAUCUCCAUAGAAAGCACAUACCGACUGAAGGCGGGCGUGCCAGCCGUGCCGGGGGGGGCUCCCACUCCUAAGCCGGCCAGGAACAUCGAUCCACCAUCGGUCGAGGAGGAUCACGACCUUCUCGUGGACUUCGGACAGGACAAUAUUGUUGUGCAGCCACUGUCCAAUGACACGGCUGACGCGUUCCCAGGGCCACCGGAUUCUAGAUUGAACUUGCUCGAUUAG